ACCUGGAUGUGAGCAGGAGGUGUUACCUGCCACUGGGCAACUGCUCUUUGCCCAAGGCUGUUGCAAGGGAGGUCUCCCCAUGUGCUGCCGCGGGGUUCCCCAGCUGUAGCUGCAUCCCUGUGCUGCUCCCGUGGCAUCUCACCACCAAGCUCUGCUGGUGUCCACUGUGCAGAGGGAGAGGAGAGUGCUGAGAACCUGAGCCCUGCUGAGCAGUGUAGAAACAGCAGUGGGUGCCAAAGCGGGGCCUGGGUGCAGAAUAACGCUGAUCCAGCUGGCGGGGCAGGCACCAGCACCAUGGGAGGUGUGAGAAACACGAGAACUUCACCACUUGCCUGAAAAUGUCUGGCAAAACAGCUAGCACGACCAACAACAUCGCUCAGGCCCGAAGGACUGUCCAGCAGCUAAGAAUAGAAGCCUCCAUAGAAAGAAUAAAGGUGUCAAAAGCAUCCGCAGACCUAAUGCUCUACUGUGAAGAACACGCCAAGAAAGAUCCGUUGCUAAUGGGCAUUCCAGCUUCUGAGAACCCUUUCAAGGACAAGAAGACCUGCAUUUUGUUAUAGGAGAGCGACAGCAGCUCUGCUCCCUCCUGGGCAAAGCCAGCCACCGGCGGGCGUAUAGGCAAAUACUCUGUAAGGUACCGGCUACUCACUGUGUAAGAGCAGCUGUUCUUUUACCAUGUGUAUAAACGAUUUCUUAAGCUUUCUAAAGCAUUCUGUUCCCUCUCUUUAUUAGGAAGUGAGGUUUUAAACUGAAUUAACUUCUUUCUUGGCCAAGGGAGUGGGGUUUUGGAUGCAGAGGGAUGGGCAGGGUGAGCCGGGGGUCUCAUCCUCUGCAGGAAUGGGGUUCACCUCUCCAGUUACACAAACAAAACCAAAGUUGCCUGAGCUUUGCUGCCAGAGCAGAGGCAUAGGUGUAAAAACCUUGAACAUCGUUGGGUCUACACCUUUUUAAGAUGAUGUCUGUGCUGCCUGUGUUGGUAGCAUGUGUUUAUGCACAGGCACAUUUAGAAGUGCAUUAUCUAGCAAAAACUACCUUAAAAAUGAUUGUAGCAACUGGUGGUGAGCUCCAGGGAGCCAUACCUGCAGCCUUCCUCAUGCCGACUUCUCUUAACAGGGGUUUCUAAGUGUAAAACCUAAAGAGUGGGAGAUCUGCAGGUUUAUUUUCCUGCUUUUUAAGUUGAAAAAGCAGGAUUUUCAGCUUUGAUUCUGCUUCUCUACCUGUUCUUCUCUAAAUAAAAAUCCAUGUUAGUCUAAAACCCCCCUGUCAAGAGAGCCAAAGGCUGCGAGGUUGUGCUGCUGGGCUGGAGGCAUGGUUCUGUCACACCACAUCCCGGUUCCAUUUUGUGCAGGGAGUCAGAACUUGACUCUUCUUUUUUAAAUUCAUUUUUUAAAGGGGGAGGGAGGGGAGGGAAAUGCCAAAUUCUAUCCAGAUUGUGGUUCUGCAGCUAGAAUUGGAGGGUCUUUCCAUCAAGUAAGUGAUUUUAUAUAUACACAUAAUAAAACAUUCUUUCUCUGUCUGCGUGUGUAUAUAUAUAUACAAACUUCAUAGUAUAUUUAUACAAACAUUGCAUAUUAACAGCAAACUUGGAAGGGAUUGAAAUUAAUGCUGCCUUCAGCUGGCUACAAAUGUCUUUCUCAGUAGCUGGUGGUUCAGAGGUUGCACUUGUGAUCAUGCCAUAACUGUGCAUUUCUGUAAUUAUAUUUGCAGAAUUUAUUAACCACUUGUAAUUUACUGUCUUACGUUGCAUAUUUGUCCUUUCUAUAUUAAAUUAUAUGCACACUAUUGAGAGAGAUUGAGAAAUUCUAUGUUUGUUUAACAGGCCUCAAACAAAGAGUUCAAAGAUCAACAUACAAGGCUGAGAGGAGAUUGGUUCUGACGAUUCGGUGCCUACAUGCAGAUUAUAAGUAGAGUAUUUUUCUAGUGACAGUUUUAAAAACAAUAAUGUAAAUUCACACUAUUUUGGGGUUUUUUUACUGUUGUGCCAUUUUAUAACACAUCUUGUUAUGAACAGUGAUUAACUCAGUUUGGGUGUGCAAGGCCGUUGAGAGAACUCCAGCUGUGCUCAGGAGUGUGCAGGCAGGUACAUGGGGAGGGUGAAGAACCUCAUGCUGUUGCCUCAGUAUUGUCCUCCCACCAAUCUGUUGUCCCUGUAUUAAUCUGCCUUUUUAUUCUGUAAGCCCCUUGCCCCCCAGAUUCACCUGUGGAGCUGCAGAGAUGCUGUUCGUGCCUGGCUUUGUUUCUCUUUGUCUGCCCUUAAAGCCUGCAGCAGGGACUGGUGCGUGAUCCAGCUGUGGGGCACUGGUUGAUCCAGCUGUGGGGUCCAGGCAGCACUCUGAGCUGGAGCAUGGCCACCUCCUGUCACCCCCAUCACACCAUGUCCACAGCGCUGGUAACUCUGCACUUGCCAAUAAAGAGCUCCUGGCACCUUC